AUGCUGCGCGUGGCGCCCCUGGACCAGGGCGCGACGGGAGUGGAGGCGCGGUCCAGCCAGGCGGUGCCGCCGAGGGAGGAGGCCGUCCGUGCUCUGCAGGAGGGGGGCUUCCCCCUCGGGCUCCUGGACCAGAUUGAUCUGCAGGUGCAGGAGGCUCGCGCGAACGGAGAAGACGCGCUUGCAACGACUUUGAAGAAGUGCAUGAUUCAGAUGCAUCCCGAUCGAAACCCCGGCCGAGAAGAGGUGGUGCCAAUAUUCAAGUAUCUCCGCCGCCUUCGCGUGGAGCAGAAUCUGUUCAAGAGAGGAAGGAUGGAGGAGUCCAGCAAGAAGUCGGUGUUGUCGAAGCUGAGAAAGAAGCAGAGACGGGUUUCUGCAGAGCCGUGA